GUGUAAUUUUUGCUCAAUCAAUUUGGUAAAAAAAAAAGUAUAAAUAUUUAUGAGUCUCUACGAAGUGUGAAAUUUGUUGGAAAAAAAUAUAUAGUGAAUAUUUUCCAUUAUUUUGUUGUUAUUGCAUGGUGUGUUAUUUAAAAAAAAUGGGCUCAAUGAAAUUAUUAAAUAAAUCGGCCACACUUAGUGUGUUGGCUAUACAAAUCUUUGUGCUGCUGCUAAAUUUUGUGGAUUAUGCCUACUCAGAUUACGAAAACACUUGGAAUUUAUAUUAUGAACAACCCUGCUGUAUGGGAGGAAAUAACCAGCAUCAUAUAAGACAUCAUAAAGAUCAUGUCAAAGACUUCAGCUGUGGUCCGCUGCAUUAUAAAACAUUUUAUUUUGAUGAAAAUAAUAAUGCCCUAUAUGUAGGAGCAAUGGAUCGUAUAUUUCGUUUAAAUUUACAUAAUAUAAGCCAAUCAAUAUGUGAGCGUGAUGUUCUUAUAUUGGAGCCAUCAGGUUCAGAUAUUUUGAGUUGUGUCUCUAAAGGAAAACAUGAGAAGGUGGAAUGCCGUAAUCACAUACGUGUUAUACAACCUAUGGACUCUGGGACACGUCUAUAUGUUUGCGGUACAAACGCCCACAAUCCCAAGGACUACGUGAUAAAUGCAAACUUAACACAUUUACCCAGAUCUGAGUACGUGCCCGGCAUCGGCUUAGGCAUUGGUAAAUGCCCUUAUGAUCCAGCUGAUAAUUCAACGGCGGUUUAUGUAGAGAAGGGCAAUCCUUAUGGUUUGCCAGCAUUGUAUUCUGGCACAAAUGCCGAAUUCACCAAAGCUGACUCAGUUAUAUUCCGCUCAGAUUUGUACAACAUGACAUCCGGCCGCAAGGAGCAUAAUUUCAAAAGAACUGUUAAAUACGAUUCCAAAUGGCUGGACAAACCCAACUUUGUGGGCUCCUUUGACAUUGGUGACUAUGUGUAUUUCUUCUUUCGCGAACAUGCCGUGGAAUACAUCAACUGUGGCAAGGCCAUUUAUUCGCGUAUAGCACGCGUUUGUAAAAAUGAUCGCGGUGGCAAAUAUAUGACUGGACAAAAUUGGGCAACAUAUUUAAAGGCACGCAUCAAUUGCAGUAUAUCAAGUGAAUUUCCCUUCUAUUUUAAUGAAAUACAAUCCGUCUAUAAGAUGCCGCACGAUGAUACAAAAUUCUAUGCAACAUUCACCACCAACACUCACGGUAUCGUGGGCUCAGCUGUGUGCAGUUACGAUAUACGCGACAUAAAUGCCACUUUUGAAGGCAAAUUCAAAGAACAAGCUACCUCCAACUCAGCUUGGCUGCCAGUCUUAAACUCUAAAGUUCCGGAACCUCGACCCGGUACUUGUGUAAAUGAUACCACAUCUUUGCCCGACCAGGUGUUGAAUUUUAUACGCAAACAUCCCUUAAUGGAUAAAGCUAUCGAUCAUGAAUUUGGCAAUCCAGUAUUUUAUAAACGUGAUAUUAUCUUGACCAAAUUGGUUGUGGACAAAAUACGCAUUGACAAGCUAAAUCAAGAAUAUUUGGUGUAUUUCAUUGGCACUGCCACUGGUAAUAUUUAUAAAAUAGUACAGUUUAUACGUUAUGGACGCCGUCAUUCGAAUCUUUUGGAUGUCUUGGAAGUGGCCAACAAUGAGCCAAUACGUGAAAUGGGCAUAAGUCAAAAGACUGGUUCUUUGUAUUUGGCUACAGAUCAUGUGGUUAAACAAAUCGAUUUGGCAAUGUGUGUAAGACGUUAUGACUCGUGUUUCCGCUGUGUCGCCGAUCCCUAUUGCGGUUGGGAUAAAGAUGCUGGCACUUGCAAGCCCUAUCAAUUGGGUUUACUGCAGGAUGUUGCCAACGAAACAUCCGGCAUUUGUGAUACCAGUGUUUUAAAGAAACGUAUUACAGCUUCAUAUGGCCAAACAUUGCAUUUGUCAUGUUUUGUUAAAGUUCCAGAAGUUCUAAAACAAAAAACAGUUAGAUGGUAUCAUCAUUCAACAGAAAAAGGACGUUAUGAAAUUGGCUAUACGCCCUCAAAAUACAUUGAAACAUCAGAGGGUGGUCUCGUUAUUAUCUCAAUUAAUGAAGGCGAUGGUGGACGUUACGACAGUUAUCUCGAUGGUACGCUGCUGUGCAGUUACAGUGUAAAUGUGGAUGCCCACAGAUGUACACCACCAUCGAAGAAAAACGAUUAUCAGAAAAUUUACUCACAUUGGUGUAAUGAAUUUGAAAAAUAUAAAUCAGCCAUGAAGCAAUGGCAAGCCAAACAAGAGCAAUGUGGUAUGAAAGAAAAAACAACUGGAAAGCAUAUAAAUGAUGUCUAUAGUAAUGAUAACAUAGUCUGACCACAUGACAAACAAAACAUUUACUAAAGACUGACAUUUUUAAGCUUUUAAAGGACAAUAUUUCCAAUAUCAUUAUUUAAAUUUUUUUUUUG